AUGUCACAUACUCAUGAGUCAAGUGGACCUGAUAAACGCAAUGCCAGAGGAAGGUUUGGAUGGGUUAGGCGCUUGAUGCAAGGCCAAACUAGACAACAAGGAGGAGAUAUUGGAGGAGAUGGAUCGCCAAUAGUAAGACAGUAUCAAGAGAAUGCUGCUGUACCUCAUCGACUGUCCAAUAUACUGAGGAAUAAAGUACUGAAACCAGAGCUAUCAGAUGACAAUCAUAGCGGCACUGGGGCUCGUCGAUCGUAUUCACUAAGAAGUCGUGAGUCUUCGUAUGAGUGUGACUCAAACCCAGAUAAACGUAGUACAAGUGAUUUCUCUAAUGGAGAUAACAUCAGUACGACACCAUUGAAAUCGAUCGUAUCUGUACAGUCUACGCAAUCUCCAUCAAUACUCAGUGAUAAUAAUCAGGAUCAGACAUCAGGGGUUGCAUCUACCGCAGAGACAUCUCUUGCUCCAAGUGUACAUACUACAGCAACAGCUUUUACACCUACGCCCAACACAAUAGGAUACCAAGAGCGAGAUAGUGAAUCUAUAGUCACAUUGGCGAGUUCCUCGAGAAGAAUAAGAAGAAGAAGCAUUGACACAAAUUGCAGCACUGCUGGAAUUCCCCCUGCCAGUAUAAUGGAGAGGCUAUCAACGCAACCGACUGCAGCGAACAGUUCGUACGCUGUCAGCAUUAAGACUAAUGAUAGAGCAGAACCAUCGCAGUCGAGUACUAAUGAUCCAGGGGAUCUCACUUGA